UGUCAACAAAAAAAAAAAAUAAUUUCCUAUUAUUUAUAUAUUUUUGUUUUUUUUUUUCCGAAAAUAAAUAAAAUAACACAGCAAGAAAAUAUCAGAAAUGAGCAAUAAGAGGCCCCAUAUAAGGUCCCAUAUCAUUAGCCAUUAAACUAAGAGUAAUGGAGGACUCGCUGAGUGUAAAAUCAAAUGAAUCAGUGCCGACCAGUGACGAGUUUGAUUUCAUCUCAGACAAACCUGGGGCGAGUAAAACUCCCACCCUGGAUUUUAAAGGAGGCCUAAGCGACCUAAAAGACGCCCUUAAAGAGGUGUUGCAAGAAACGGACGGCCCCAAAAUGACUGAUAGCAUUGACGGGCUCGAGCAUAAGCUGGAGAUUGGACAAUCGACUUUUUAUGGGACGCCAGUACCGGAGGGCCAAGAUCCGUUGAGUCAUGAGUUAAGUCCUACCGAGAAGAUGGAUUCUAUGAAGACGGAUAAUAGUACGGAAGACGACUGCAGCAUUUCAGAUGUGGACCAGGACUGUACGAUUUUUGCUGGGGUGACGUAUUUAGGGGCCGCCCAGAUAAACGCCCCAAAAUCCGAAAGUGAAAUUCACAGAAACAUGGCCAUAUUAAACGAGCAGUCUGUGGAGCAGGGAAUUAAAGUGUCUGUCUCUGUACCGGUUUCUAGUCAAGGACUUGUCGUGCUCUACGAUGCCCAAACAAACUCAGUGAUUUCGCGAUACGAAAUCCAUAGAAUAUUGUUUUAUGCGAGAGGAUCAGCGGAUAGUAAAGAAGCGAGUUGUUUUGCUUUCACUUGGUCCCACGGAGACUCCCAGGAAACCGCCAUUUUUCAGUGCCAUGUCUUUCGUUGUGACAUAGUUGAGGCGGUCUCAAGGGUUUCAGCCUGUUUUGCCAAAGCUUUCCAAAGGGUCCCCAAGUCGAUAAGUUGUUGCAUAAACUCAGCUGCGGACGUGAUGUCUGGAUCGGUUACGACUUUACCGGAAGCUAAAACUCUGAUGCACGUCUUUGAGGUUAAUUUGGAAAUCAAAGAGGAGGAUGGAAAGGGAUCUUAUUCGACAGUCGGAAAGGACAGGAACGGUUUUAGGUUAAAGGCCAACCUGGAGAAGCAGCUUUCGAUCGGAAUUAAACAGGUUUCAGAUCACGGUCCCCAGUUGGUGAUCGAGCGGUGUUUCGGCGUUUUGGUGGCCUCAGGGCGGGAUGUGAAACAUUCGGAUAUGCAACUAUUGGAAAUGAAAGAGCAAAAAAACCAAUCGAACGACAACCUGACACUCAUCCUGGCUACUUGGGACCCCACCGAGCAAAACUUCGAACCCCUCAACCUGGAAACCCCAAAGGAUCAAAAGCAAUUCAUGACGGUAGCGAUCGAUUUGGUCAUCAGAGGAAUCCAGGAACCCGUGAGGUUCCAAAUCGAGACCCCCGUAAGGGUUUUCGGACAAGGUGAGAGGAACUUUUGGUACUUCCAAAGAAAGUCUUUGAUUCAGCAGUUUUAUCUGAACUUGAGAGAGAUUAUCGACGAUCACAACGAAGUUAUUUACGAAUAUUUAAACAUGGAAACUUCGGGCGAAUUGGACCGGAACUUAUUGAAUCUCAACCUGAACUUGUCCAGUUUGAUUCAGUCUCCCAGUAUUACCAGUAUCGACCCCCUUACCCCGAAGGAGGAGGAUCUUUCAGAUGGAGAUGAGCCUCUACUGAGCGGAACCGGCUUGGUAUCGAAAGAUUGUGCCGAAGACGUGUUGGAAUCAUGGGCGGACCUACUGGCCAGAUGGAAACAGACCCAACAGAGACCGAAACAAUUGGCCAGCUUGGUGAAACUGGGCAUACCGGAGGCGCUGAGGGGCGAAGUUUGGCAACGUCUCGCAGGAGUCGAGGAAGACAGCGACAUGAUGAAUCAGUAUCGCGUAUUAAUAACAAAGGAAUGCCCGUGCGAAAACGUUAUAGAACGGGACAUAGCCCGCACGUUUCCCGCCCAUAAUUUCUUUAAAGAAGCGGGCGGAUUGGGACAAGACUCCUUGUAUCGGGUGAGUAAAGCGUAUGCGGUGUACGAUUCCGAAGUUGGUUACUGUCAAGGAUUGAGCUUUCUGGCCGCUACUUUAUUGUUACACAUGCCGGAAGAACAGGCGUUUUGCGUACUAGUAAAGCUGAUGUACGAUUACAAACUGAGGGACUUUUACAAGCAAGGCUUCGAGAACUUAUACCUGAGGCUGUACCAGCUUAACAGGUUAAUGGAGGAACAGUUAAGCCCGUUAUGGAACCACUUUAUGGAGCACAAAAUCGAGACUCACAUGUUCGCCUCCCAAUGGUUCCUAACCCUGUUUACCGCGAGGUUUCCUCUGUAUUUCGUCUUUCAUAUCAUCGAUGUGUUUUUGUUGCAAGGUAUCGACACGCUAUUCCAAAUGGCCUUGGCUUUACUGAUGGUGUGCAAAAACGACCUGUUGCAGCAAGAUUUUGAGGGAAUAUUGAAGUACUUCCGGGUGUCGUUGCCGAAAAAGUGUCGCAGCGAGGAGGCGGCGAAGAGGUUGAUCAAACUGGCGUGCAGCAUUAAAGUGAAGAAGUUGAAGAAGUACGAGGCCGACUUUAUCACUUUGAAAGACGAUUGGGAAAUAAUCUCUUCCGAUACAGAGGCCCAAGAUCGGCAAGAGAACGAGGCGAGCGAGGUGGAGAAGUACAAGAUGACCAUCCAGCGGCUCGAGGAGGAGAAGAACCUUAUGCACACCGAGAUCGUGCAGCUAAAAGAGAUGCUAAAACGCGAAGUGGACACUUUGGAACACGAAGAGAAGAGAAACGAACAAAUGGUGAGCGAGUACAAAAUAGUAAGGCAUCGCUUGGAUAUGCAACUGCACGUGGCCAAACAAGAACUGGAAAGCUUAAAGGUAAAAGUGUCAAAUUGUCCGGACUGUUCGAAAUUAGUUGAGGUUAAUAAGCAUGUGGGGGGAGCUGGUGAUCGGAGUUCCGGUGAGGAGCGGAUACGCGAGCUGGAGUUGGAGCUGGCGCAAACGAAACUGGCCCACGUAGAAGCGGAAUGUCGAAAUCAGAAUUUAACGCAUCAACUUCGUUCGACGGAACAGGAACUGAACACUGCCAAAAACUCGUGGCCCCCCUGGAUGAGCAAAGCCCUUAGCUCCAUAAAAGAAGUGGCCCAAAACAAACCGAACGCCACCCAGUCCACGUUCAUUUCCCACAUAAACAACGUGUACAGGCGGGACAGCGCCCCCUUUCGGGUGCCCCCCGAAAAAGAAACAGUUAACGACAACCGGCGAGAGUCUGCUCCCGUUAUCAAGGAUUCCCACAGUUGUAACAGUUUGAAAAGCACCCAUUAAAGAAGAAUGAGGCCUAUGAUGAUUAAGUAUGGUGGUUUCCAUGUAAUAUAUUAUUUGUUAGAUCUGAA